CCGUUGAUGCCUUCUAUCCUCUCAUUGUUUGUUGCUGCCGUACUGUAUUGUCAGAGCACGACCCAGCCAUAUAUACUGACAUAAGAUGUCUGUCAGUACUACUACUAGCAGUAACGACGCCAUGGCGAUUGGCAGUGAUGGUGAUGGGAGUGUGUUGAGCUGGAAUGGAUCCGAUGGCGAUGGAGAAGAGGAUGACAGCGUCAUGAUGCCGGAUGACGAUCGUAGUAGUAGUAGUGAUGAACAAGACGAAGAUGAAGCCACUCCCACGCGCCACAACAAUGUCUGGUGCGACGAAUGCGGCGCCAAUCCCAUUGUGGGCAUUCGCUAUAAGUCCACACAACAAAACAAUUAUGACAUUUGUCAAGAAUGUUUGGACGAAAAUCAUGCGUCUGCCGCUGCCGAUGCCUUUGUCGCUUUUGGCACUCCUGUGAUGGACGAAGACCAAGCCGAAGGCGAAGUAACACAGGGUGGUAUUGGGCUCAGUUUUCAUUCCUUGCAACAAUUGAGUACCAGUCCGCAACUCAUCGAUGCUAAUUCUGCCGUCGACGAUGUGACGCUCUAUUUGCAUUCUUUUGAUGACCAUCAUGCCGCGGCGUCGUCGUCGUCGAGUCAAGAUGAGUGUCGACACGCCGUCCAACGCGUAUUGGCAGCGCAUGUGCGUCUCAAGGAAAUGGACAUUCAAGUCUUUGGCGCCAGUCCGGCAUUGACGGGCAGUAUCGUGGCACUCGCGCGAGGGUUGCAGCAGAAUACAUCCGUCUUGUCCAUUUCGUGGACGCUCUAUUGGUCUCCCCGUCGUGGAUUGGAUGGUGAGGCGGUACAGGCAUUGGCCGAUUUGAUGAAGUACAACACUACGGCACGAUUUUUGUUUGUCCGACGAGAAUCGGCCGGAUGGGACAAUACUGCUACGAAAAUGCCACACGACAAUUUAGAAGAAGCACUCUUUGACAGUCUUCUCUAUACCAGUGUUGAUACAUUUCGAUUCAAUUGUCACAUUCCCGUCAAGGAUAGCAAUAAAAAGAAGGCAUGGCAUGCCAUGAAGGAAAAUCCAAGAUUACGACGGAUCAAGGCCACUUUUGAAAAUCAUGAUUAUCAACUCGAAUUAUUGCGCAAGGACAAAAAGUAUCAAUGGUCUCAAAAGUGGCUCGGUACAGACAACAACAGCAGCCAGCCACAGAAAGAUUGUUGGAAUGUACUCCAAGAGGCAGUGGCGCUGUGUGACGACGACAUGGAUCCUGUCUUUGUCAUUUAUCACUUUCUGCGGGACAGACCCGAGUUGGUGGUCUAACUAACACAAAGUAAUACAGAAAGUAAUACAGAAAUACAAGGCAAGCAAGCACACCAUGGCAUGGAUGGAUGGAAAAACGGCAUGGACGCUGUGCCAUUGAUCCCACGUCGGAGCUCGGUUUGUACCGUAUGGAUUUACUAGUAGAAAGAUAUCUACCCUGGAACAAACGACGACACGCGCCCUUUUUAGAAACUUUGGCCAUUACGAUUGCUUCAUUCUCUCGUUUCUGCCGUACAGUCGUACGGUAGGUACCUACCUGCC